AUGGUGUCAGAACCAAUCCCUAGUCGUGUCAUCUAUGUAGGCUCUAUUCCCUACGAUCAGACUGAGGAACAAAUUCUUGAUAUUUUUAAAUCAGUUGGUCCUGUGGCCAGCUUCCGCUUAGUUUUUGAUAAGGACAGCGGCAAAUCCAAAGGCUUUGGCUUUGUUGAGUACCAUGACACAGAAACAGCAGCAUCCGCUGUCCGCAACCUCAACAAUUACCAGAUUGGCUCACGCAACCUCAAAGUCGACUUUAGCCAUGAAACCUCUAUUACAGCGCCCACGCUUGUUUCAUACCCAGAAGUCAGCCUGCCACAGCUGCCACAUGGCACUAUGCCUGCCCCCGGUGUCACAGCUCAUGAUAGCGUCAAUAAAACUCUCAUGAAGCUAACACGAGACCAAAUGCUGGAUGUCAUUCUUGAUCUUAAAACUAUGUCUCAAAAGAAUCCUUUGCUCGCCUGUGAACUUUUCAGGGUGUCGCCACAGCUAUCUUAUAUGGUUGUUCAGUCCAUGCUCAUGUUAGGUAUCAUUGACAACAAUGCAAUCUUGUCUCUGGUGGACCAAAAUUUCCAGCAACAACAGCAACAAAUACCACCAUCGCUGCCAUCACAGCCAGCAGCCUUUCAAAAUAUUUUACAAGGCAUGCGGCCGUAUGGUAGUACUCCGCCUCCCACUCAGCCUAGACUUCACACCCCACCACCAGCAACUCUCCCCGCACAGCCCAAACCACACACUCCGGAGCCCUCGCAACCAGCAGCAAGUCAGGCUCCAGAAAUGCCAUCGCAACAGAUUGAACUGAUCCGUAAAGUCAUGCAAUUAACAGAUGAUCAGGUUGCACAACUCUCCGAAGAUCAACGCGACGCGCUUCUUGUUCUGCGUGAACAAGUGCGGAGCGGCAAGUUUCAAAUAUGA